AUGGCACUCAGCAACAAUGUGAUAGGGGCCAUCAACUUCGUUGCAGUGCUUCUCUCAAUUCCUAUCAUUUCUGCAGGGAUCUGGCUAACAACAGAGCCAGCAGAUUCGUGCGUCAAAAUUCUACAAUGGCCUGUGAUAAUCUUGGGGGUUCUGAUACUUGUAGUGGCUCUGGCAGGGUUUAUAGGAUCCUUUUGGAGGAACCCUUGGCUUCUCGUGUUCUACCUGGUUGCCAUGCUUGUGCUUAUUGUGUUGCUGGUUAGCUUGGUGGUUUUCACGUAUGCUGUCACCCUUAGAGGGCAUGGGAACAUUGAACCCAAUCGCUCCUACUUGGAAUAUCGUAUCGAUGAUUUCUCACUUUGGCUUCGUCGAAGAGUAAGAAGCUCCAACAAAUGGGAUAACGUUAGAAGGUGUCUUAUGUCAUCAAAUAUAUGUGCUGACUUGAAUCAACGCUAUCGAACCGCGCAGGACUUCUUUAAUGCACACCUAACCCCCAUUCAGUCAGGGUGCUGCAAGCCCCCAACAAAAUGUGGUUACACGUUUGUGAACCCAACGUAUUGGAUUAGCCCCAUCAACACGGCAGAAGACAUGGAUUGCAUGAAAUGGAGCAACGACCAAGCACAACUUUGCUACAACUGUGACUCAUGCAAAGCUGGUUUGUUGGCAACCCUUAGAGUGGAAUGGAGAAGGGCCAAUGUGAUAUUGAUCGUCACUCUAGUUGCUUUGAUCGCAGUGUAUAUGGUAGGGUGCUUUGCCUUUAGGAAUACCAAAACGGAGGAGCUCUUUCGCAAAUACAAGCAAGGCUACUCUUGA